GGAAAAAUUGGUUCCUGUGUUCUCCAGGGGUAUUGUGUCAGGAGAUGCAAGCAAGGGACCAUGUGACGAGUGAGAAAGCUGGAGGGAUUGGUUGAGAUGCUAGCAGCAAGUGUGUGAGCUAAGCUGGCUCCCUCCAUCACCCCUCCCUUCCUUUCUCUCCUCUCUGCUCUCUCUCUCUUUCUCUUACCCGUUCUCGCUCUCGCUCUCAGCAUCUUUCUGUGAUUCUGUAGGUGAUACAGUCACAGCAGCAUCCAUGGCCUGCCUUUUGCCUUAGCCCACUCUCCUUCUGUUUUGAUUCCAUACAUUUCUUCUCCUCCCCCCUCUCUUUUUUUUUUCUCUUUUGCUCUGACAGCUUUACGAGCGAUGCAUCUGAGACCCCGGCACUGAGAGUUUACAUGAAGCAUCUGCUCAACUGGAGUCAUAAUUUCCCGUAUUUUUUUCAGCCUCUGUGGAAACUGAGGAAUGCAAUUCUGCCACCAUGAUGGAAGGAUUGAAAAAACGUACAAGGAAAGCCUUUGGAAUACGGAAGAAAGAAAAGGAUACCGAUUCCACAGGAUCACCAGACCGAGAUGGAACUCCACCCAGCCCUCAUCCUCAUGAUCCAUCCUACAAUAGCAAACCAGAAUGUGCCCAGGAAGGCGGAAAAGCAGUUUCGAAGAGAACAAAUGGUGCUCCAAAUGGAUUUUAUUCAGAAAUUGACUGGGAAAGAUAUAAUUCACCUGAACUUGAUGAAGAAGGAUACAGCACCAGACCAGAAGAACUAGGCUCUACCAAAGGAAAGCACUUUUAUUCUUCAAGUGAAUCUGAAGAGGAAGAGGAGGCACAUAAGAAAUUCAACAUUAAGAUUAAACCUUUGCAAUCUAAAGACACUCUUAAGAGCGCAGCAACUGUUGAUGAACUGAAAGCUUCUAUAGGCAACAUUGCACUUUCACCUUCACCAGUGAGGAAAAGUCCGAGACGCAGCCCGGGUACAGUUAAGAGGAACUUAUCUAGUGAAGAGAUAGCAAGACCCCGGCGUUCAACACCUACUCCAGAGCUUCUGAGCAAAAGAACUUCAGAAGACCAGACUGUCCUAGCACCAUUAUUUGGUCCACCCCUAGAAUCUGCAUUUGAAGAAGACAAAUUGGAAGGUUCCGUAGAUCAGUCUGAAGUUUGGGGUUCUAUGCAACCAGAAAACUCAAGUGUAGAAGCUCCAGAUCCAUCACGACCCUUCCCAUCUGGAACACCUCCACCACUUCCUCCCAAAAACAUUCCUGCUACACCUCCCCAGGCUGGUUCUCCUUUAACAAUUGGAGUAGGAAUUGACCAGACAGCAACAGAGGUCAAAAGUGACAAACUACCAUCAAUCAAUGACUUGGACAGCAUUUUUGGCCCAGUAUUAUCCCCCAAGUCUGUUACUGAUAAUGCAGAGGAUAAAUGGAUCAGUUUUUCUGAUCAGUCCCAGGAAAAUGUAACUCCAGAGGUGACUUCAAGGGAAAAAGUGGUGUCCCCCCCUGUGGCAUCCGAAAUCCCGGAAGAGCCUCCAGAGGUUGAAAUCUCUCGCAAUGUUCCAUCUCCACUCAAUUUAGAAGAGGUUCAGAAGAAGGUUUCAGAGCAGACCCACGUUAAAGAUGAUAACUUAGCACCAGCAGCAUCUCCUAAAGAUUUUGGGGUGGGACAGACAGCAACACCACCUCCCCCUCCACCUCCUACCUACAGGACAGUGGUGUCAUCACCCGGACCCAGCCCUGGCGGUGGCACAGGAAGCACCAGUGGGUCAUCAUCCCCUGCUCGCCCUGCAACCCCACUGGCAUCCUGCAGCAGCCCUACUCCACCCCCGCCGCCACCUAGACCCCCAUCUCGUCCGAAGUUACCUCCAGGAAAGCCAGGUGUUGAUGUGUCCAGACCUUUCAGCCCUCCAAUUCACUCAUCUAGUCCUCCUCCAAUAGCACCUUUAGCACGUGCCGAAAGCACCUCUUCUAUUUCAUCCACCAAUUCCUUGAGUGCAGCUACUACUCCUACAAUUGGGACGGAGGGAAGGACCGUAUUUCCCACAGAUGAUACUUAUAAUGACAAAUUGUCCAUGUUUUCAAGGCACUGUGAACCACCUGCAGAGAAUGAACAGCCUUCUCUCGUCUGGUUUGACAGAGGAAAGUUUUAUUUGACUUUUGAAGGCUCUUCCAGAGGACCCAGCCCCUUAACAAUGGGUGCACAAGACACCCUCCCUGUAGCUGCAGCUUUCACUGAAACUGUUAAUGCGUACUUCAAAGGAGCUGAUCCUAACAAAUGUAUAGUAAAGAUUACCGGAGAAAUGGUGCUGUCAUUUCCUGCGGGAAUUACUAGACAUUUUGCCAAUAACCCUGCUCCAGCUGUUCUAACAUUUCGUGUGACAAAUUACAACAGAUUGGAACAUGUUUUGCCAAAUCCUCAACUUCUUUGCUGUGACAGCACUCAUGCUGAUGCCAACACAAAGGAGUUCUGGGUAAACAUGCCAAAUUUGAUGACUCAUUUGAGGAAAGUGUCUGAACAGAAACCACAAGCAACAUACUAUAAUGUGGAUAUGCUUAAAUACCAGGUAUCAACACAGGGUAUUCAAUCUACUCCACUGAAUCUUGCAGUGAACUGGCGGUGUGAACCUACAAGCACAGAUCUACGCAUAGACUACAAGUAUAAUAUAGAGGCAAUGACUACACCAGUAGCUUUAAACAAUGUGCAAUUCCUUGUUCCUAUUGAUGGUGGAGUGACAAAACUACAAGCUGUGCUUCCACCUGCCAUUUGGAAUACUGAACAACAAAGGAUAUUGUGGAGAAUUCCUGAUAUUUCUCAAAAAUCUGAAAAUGGAGGGGUAGGUUCCUUGCUUGCACGAUUCCAGUUAUCUGACGGACCAAGUAAACCUUCACCCCUGGUUGUGCAGUUCACUAGCGAAGGGAGCACUCUGUCCAGCUGUGAUAUUGAACUUGUUGGAGCUGGGUAUCGUUUUUCACUUAUCAAAAAGAGAUUUGCAGCAGGAAAGUACCUGGCAGAUAACUAACCGAAGUAUAUGCAAGUAUGUUGAAAAUCCAUAUAGCUGAGGACUGCGUGGUUGGAUGGCUUUUAUAUGCUGUUGAGGGGAAACUAACUGAAUCCUGUAUUCAGGACAUUUCUGUUGAAAGCAUCAGCAAUUCAACAUUUCUCUCUCAGAAAAUGCCAUGUUGAUCAGUCCUACAGUAUUUACUUCUAGAUGUAAUAUUGUUCAUGUUUUAAAUUGUAAUUAUUGUAUUUGUAAAUUGUACUCAUUCUAGUAAGGCUGUAUUUUAGCAGUUAGACACUUGAGUUUUAGUAUUUGAUCGUUCAAGAAAUGGGUGUAAUUUAAACUGUGAUAUAUAAAUUUAAUAGUAGUAAUGUUGACAAGCUUUUGGAGGCCGAUGCAUUUUGUCAAUGUAUACAAUUUGAACACAAUGCUAGCUGUGAGAAAAGGAGUGCCUCAAAAAGAACAUCAAAAUUAACUCACCUGCAAAUUCAUCAUUUUUUUCUGUUCGUAGCAUAUAUCAUACAAACAUAGUUACAUAAAUAAAUAGAUAUGUCUUUUAAGUAUUUAAUUGGUUUAACUUCAGAACAUCUCAAAAUAAAUGUUGAGGUGAUUAUGGUACAAAUGUAGUUUUUCACUUUAAGCAUUCCCAUCAUGUCUGAAGUAUGUUUGAAAGGAGGGGGGGGGAGAAAUUUUUGGAUAACUGUUAGAACCUGCGACUGAGAUAAAUCUUGUACUGAGAUAGCUGUUUCUUUUUGUUAGUCCAACAUGAGUGAAAUUGAAGAUAAAGAAAGAGCACAAAGGUUUAGAAAUAUUUCUGCUAUGCAAGCUUCACGCGGCCUUCCUCAUCCUGGUACCUUGCAGAUAUGCUGGACAUCAGCUGCCCUGCGAGCACCAGUUUGGGAAAGCUGGCAUAAAAAAAGAAAGGAAAGCACAGAAACGGCAGCAAGGCUCUUCCACUAUUUUCACUAAACCUGGUGCAAGGGAAAGCUGGCUAACAAAUAACUAGCGAUGAAGAGAAAUCCUGUGAUGGUGGUGGUGGUGGUUUUAUUUUUUUACCCGGGCAAGCCUCUGACUUCAUGGAUGUGCUUGUUUAUUUUUACAGGACAAUUUGCAUGCCAAAAACUGGCUCUGACCAACAUUGUGUUCUUCAGCUAGAUUUUAACUUAUUUGUAGGGAAACAAGAACUUCAAAGAAGAAUGUCUCUCUGUGUGUGUGUGUGUCUCGUGCACACACAUUACACAGAUGUCAUCCAUACAUAUCAAGAUUUGUAGCCUGGCCAAUCUGUAUUUGAAGGCUAAAAAAGGAAAGAAAGAAGCCAUUUGAACAGCACAGGUGACAAAAUAAUUGCUGAAUUUUUGUUUCCCUUACUUAAACACCAGGAUAUUCUACUUCAAAAAGAUUUCAAGUUGCUAGUCAGUGUUAAAUUUCUUAGGGUCUGAAAAAAAGCAAAAGAUUUGAUUCUCCAUUGCUUACAUACUAGGUGUGUACAAAUGUUGCACACCUGUCUAUUUAAAUGGUAGCUGAAUUGUAGCUGAAUCCAGUACAAAUAAGGAAUGCUAUAUGAGAAGUCAUUGUAAAGAGGUGCAGAGUAUCUAUUCUGCUAUUUUCUGUGCUUACGACUAGUAUUUUUAUAAACUGUGGUCUAACUAGGUUGGCAUCCAACUGUCUCACUUGCAUGUGAAAAUAGCUGUGCUUGACAAGCAACUAUGUCUGCAUUAAAACAAGCAGACAAAAUUAAAGGCUCUAUCUGGUCAUGAAUAUAUUUGUUUAUCAUCAAGUAUGAAAAAUAUAUAUCUUGCAGUGAUAGAAACUGAAAUUCCACAUCCAUCAACUACCUUGUUUCGUUAGUUCCUUUUGGUAUGAGUCUUGUAUUUGAAAACUAUAGAGUUAAUUUUAUGGAAAAUAUACAAUCCAAAAUAAUGUCCCCCCCCCCCCCGCUUAAGCUUCACUGGUUUCUCUAUCUCACUGAUAAAUAUGAUAAAGAUUGAUUUUUGCUAGAGCUCCUCAUGGUUUGAAAUGGAAAAGUUAUCUUUGUGUUUAUACUUUGCAUUCUUAUAAAUUUUACCAUGUUUGCUCUUUCCUGUGAAAGUGAAAUUGGGCUAUUACCAGCAUUUAUUACUCAGUAUCACAAAAGCUGGACAAAGGGAAGCACAUUUCUGCUUACUUAAUGAAUAGAGAUUUUUUUCUACUCUGGAAUUGUUUUGCUUUUGUUUUACAAUACAUACCAGUUACCAAAUAACUGGGUCUCUAUUGGCCAUUUCAGAUAUCUGUGCAUUUCCUAAUUGGUGCCAACAGAAAUUUCAUGUAUUCUGAUUUGAACUAAAAACUAAAAACCAUUUACUUGUAAGUAGUUUUGCAAAUGUGGAAAACCCUUUCCCUUCAUUUUUCAAAAAUAUAACAUUAAAGCUAAUAAAGGAGAUUGAAAAUCUUUAAACUCUUCAUUGAUAAAUAUGAAAUGAAAAAUCAGUUUAAAUUAAAAUAAUUUGCUAUGUUUGAAACAUAAAGAUUAGCUCAGAAAGAUUACAUGGAUUCCAAAAAGGUUAUUAAAAACCACAUCAUAGAUAUUUUUUUUUUGCAAUGAAUUGGAAUAUAGGCCUUACAUUGCAUCUAAAAUAAUAGCAUCCAGCAAAAAAAUAAAAUCUCAUUGUUUUAACAAGUUAGUAGCCAGAGAUACAUUUACUGGCAUUGCUUUGGAAAGUCUUGAUUUACUCCUGAAAAUAGAAACAUACUUAUUGAAUCUUUAGCCAAUAACACAAUUCUAUUUUUUUUACCAGAUUUAAUACCAAAAAAAAAAAACACCUCUUACUGGAGCUUGAUUUAUAUACCUGUUUAAUCUCAAAUAACUACAGUCUUUUUUGUUGUUGAUUCCUGUUUCCUUAAUACAAUUAAAAUUAUUAAUUAGGAUUAUUUAAAAUGUGAAUAAUAUUAGGCGGGUUCUUUUUUAAAAUUCUGCUUGUAGUUUGUUUCUGAGCUUAUUUACCAAAAAUAAACUUUAAAGUAGAAAUUUAGCUUAGCUCAGCCUUCCCCAACUUGGGGCUGUUCAAAGGUCCAUUCCACAGAAUUCCUAACCAGCAUGGUUUGUAGUUAAACUGGCAAGGCAUUCUGAAAAUAGCUAUUGUAUGUCUCAGCCUUUAAUAUCUAGGAAAUAAAUUAUUAAGCAGAGAAAAAGACACAGUUAAAAGGUUGUUAUAAAAUCAUUAUUCCUUAGUAACAAUAUAACAAUGGACAAAAACAUAACUAUUGCUUUUGCUCUGUGAUACUCCUUGUUCCUUACAAGCAUCCUUCUCCUAGUUUUAAGUGAGCAAAGCUAGGGAUUAAAUGGGAACAUUUUACUCCUGAAGCUCCUUAAUCUAGCCAUGACUACAGGAUGUUAUUCUAAGAUAAAGUCUUACUCAGAUCUAUACAACUAAGAAGGACUUUGUAAAACUUUUUAACCCAAAUGAGGUUAUAAUUACAGUUUUGUAUCCACCUUGAUAUUUCAUAGCUAGAAACAAAAUAAAAAAAAUAUCUCAGCUGUAAGUGAGAAUUAACAGGGUAAGUAUACAGAUAUAUGAAUUCUGUGCUGCAGCUGGAUGGAUCUUCUUUAUAAAAAGCAUAUUCAAGAAAUCCUGCUUCAUAAAAGAAAAGAAAACCAAACAUUUAGCAUGUCUUUUAAGCAAGCUACAAUGAGAAGCAAUUGCCUGUAUGGUGUGCAAGGCUUGUCAAAUGGAUUGUGUCAUCAUUAUAGCUGUAAGCAGAGCCAUAUUCCUAUGCACACUUAUUCACAAGAAAGUCUUAUAGCAUCUUUGAUGAGACGGUCUGCAAAUAUCCACAGGAUCAGGCUCAAGAUCGCUCUGUAUAGAAGAAAUUAUUAUUUAAAAAUAUUUCUACACAAAAUAGAUAUGAUGCUCAUUUCAAGGACUUCAGUAAAAUCAGGAAAAAGUAAAAUUGUUUUUAAGCCCAUUUAGAAAAUGAACAUUUAUACUGGUUAGGUAGGUAGGUUUGGUGAACUUAUUUUUUAUUAUUAUGAAUUUAAGAACGCAAUUAGAAUAUAAAAGGUCGUUGUUCGUCCUCCUUUUUGUUGUUUUGAAUGUUUGUUCCAUUUAGUUGCAGCAUCUGCCAGUUUUGCACUGAGGCUGCUUAGUAAAACUUAUUGGUCAUGAUAAGAUAAGAGGUGUUAUUUUUCACCUAGCUUGUUUCAGAGCCUGAUACUAAUUAGGGCUGAGAAGGAAUGACUGGCCCAAUGAUCACCCCAGUUAGCUUUGGUGUCUAAGGAUCAACUAGAACCUGGAUCUCUGUGAUCCUAGUUCAGCACCCUAACCAUUAUGGUAGUCCUUGACCACAACUGAGACCUGAAUUUCUUUUGUUAAGUAAGGUGAUUAUUAAGUGAAUUGUGCCUGAUUUUUAUAAUCUUCUUUGCACAGUUGUUAAGUGAACCACUGCAAUAGUUUAGUGAAUCCUAUAAUUGAUAAGUGAAUCCAUUUUCCUCCAUUGAUUUUGCUUGGUCGAAGCUGGGUGGAAAGGUCACGAAUGAUAAUUACAUGACCGAGGACACUGAAACUAUUGUAAAUACAUGCCAUGUGCUCAAAUUUUGAGCACGUGACGGUGGGGAUGGUGCAAUGGUUGUAAGUGCAAGGACCAGUCAGGUCACUUUUUUCAGUGCCAUUGCAACUUUGAACAGUCAGUAAAUGAAUGGUUGUAAGUCAAGGACUGCCUUUAUCCCCUGCUGGCUUGCUUCCUACUUCAUGCAUUCACAUUUUCCUCUAAUUUUAUUUCUUUGAUGUAUUGGAAUGUGAGAAUGACCUUAGAAAAUUGAGGUGUGUGUGUGACGGGAGAAGCUGCUCUGGGAGCAAUCAGAGUCAAGGGGGAAUAAUCCAGAAUUGAGUAAGUGGACAGAGAAAGAAAGAAAAGAUCUGUCCUAAGUUAUCAGAAAGUAGAAAGUGACUGCAGGAGAUUUGUACAUUCAGACUUGCAAGAUUCUGAUAAGGUACCCUUAUUAUAAAAUAGAAUUAACUCAUCAUGUCAUGUUUCCUGUCUGAUCUAUUUGGGAGGCUGAUAUUUGAUGAAGUGCCUCUUUGUUUGAAAGGAUGGUUUUAUUUUAAGAAAUAAUUCAGCCAAUUUUUUUGUUCACAGUGCCAUGCAGAAUUCUCUCAAGUACUGAUUUUAUCAACUACACAACACUCUGCAUAUUUCAGAUAGUGUAUACUUUAAUUGUUCAGGGAUGAGACAGUUUCUCCAAUAGUCACACCAUACUAAUUUGAAAUUAUGCUGCAAAGUAUGCUUGUGCGUAUACAUAUGUACACUUUGUGUAUGUAUAUAUAUUAAAUAUAUAUACAUACACACGCACGCACACACACACAUAUAUAUAGUGAGUGAGAGAGAGAGAGACAGCUUUAUCGGUAGUUCUUGAAUUACAACUAUAAUGGAGCCUGCCCAUUAUACUUGUAUGUCGUCGUGAUUAUAAAGUGGGUUGGUCGUGUGACUGACCUGAUUUUUCUACCUUUUUUGCAGUGGUCAUGAAGCAUAUGCCUUGGUUGUUAAGCAAACGUCAUGGUUGUUAAGCAAAUGUCAUGGCCAUUAAGUGAAUCAAUGUUUGCCGUAGGGCCAGUUUUGGUGAAAACUGGGAGCAACUGCCAGUUUUUCGCAAAACUAUUGUAAAACACUAUCAUAUGUCCAUGGGACACAGCAAAGGACUAUAAAUGCAGCCCAGGUGCAGAGUCCUCCAAAUGUGAUCAUUAGACGACUGCUCAUUAGUCAAGGACUACCUGUAAUAUGCUUUAAUAUGCAUAUUAAAAUACGUUUCAGGUAUCAACUUCAUGUAGAAAGGGAUACGUGUUUCAAUUGUUCCUUUACCUCAUGGGGUUUCAUAAAAUAAUAAACUGAGUUUUAUUCUUGUUCCUGGUGAGUAGAUGAUGCUCAUGGUGAACCAAUCUUGUUCUUGGAUAUGCGCUCUGCCAAUAGCUUUAAAAUCUUGCAAGUCUGGUACCUCCAUAUGUGAUUUAGUAUUAUGAUUCCUAGGUACAAGGAGGGUAUGAGACGGGAUCACCCUGUGUCAAGAUAGUUCCAGAGAAUGGAAAUAUCUACUCUGUAACAUAUGAAAUAAAAUGUACCUAUUGUUGAAGGUGUGUGUAUGUGUUAUAUGUGGGUGUAAUCCUUCUGCCCAUGUUCCAUCCGAGGUGAACUACAUUUUGUCAUUAUGUCAACCAUCACAUCUAGUUUACGAAGAAACCAAAUACUGCUGAUUUUAUUUAUCUGUAUGAACUAUGUAUUAUCUUACUGAUCUGGGCAGAAGAUAUUUCUUAGAUAUGACAAAAUAAAUGUAUUAGCUGAGGAAUGCAUAUUUUUAGAACUUUAGUUUGGGGCUGAAGUCUUGAGUCUACUCAGAAAUUUAAUUGUAUUCUAUAUUCGUUUUCUUAAUUGAUAAUCCAAAAUGUCACACAAAUGGUUAAGAAUUGAAUUAUCAUUGAAUUUAUGAGCAAGACAUUUUCCUUUUGUUAGCUACUGGUUACAGAAAUAGUACGUCACAGAAGAUAUUGUUAAACAUUAAAUGAUUACAAAAAUAUUAUAAA